GGGGGGAGGCGGCGGCGGCGGCGGCGGCGGGCAGCGCGCGGGGCGCAGGCGAUCGCCGUCGGGCCCCAGGCGGCUGGCAGUGGGCGCAGGCUCCCCGGUGCCCGCCCCUCCGCUGGAGGGCGGGGGGCGCGAGCGGGCAGCCGGGGAGGGGCCGGCCCCGCCGCGGCAAAAUGAGCCUGCUGUCGGCCAUCGACACAAGCGCCGCCUCGGUGUACCAGCCGGCCCAGCUGCUCAACUGGGUCUACCUGUCGCUGCAGGACACGCACCAAGCCAGUGCCUUUGAUGCCUUCCGGCCGGAGCCUCCCGCCGGCGCCGCACCCCCGGAGCUGGCCUUCGGCAAGGGUCGCCCGGAACAGCUGGGCUCGCCCCUGCACUCCAGCUAUCUCAACAGCUUCUUCCAGCUGCAGCGCGGAGAGGCACUGAGCAGCAGUGUGUACAAGAGCGCCUCGCCCUACGGCUCCCUCAACAACAUCGCCGAUGGCCUCAGCUCCCUCACCGAGCACUUCUCAGACCUGAACCUCACCUCAGAGGCCCGCAAGCCCAGCAAGCGGCCCCCUCCCAACUACCUGUGCCACCUGUGUUUCAACAAAGGACACUACAUCAAGGACUGCCCCCAGGCACGCCCCAAAGGUGAGGGGCUGACACCAUACCAGGGCAAAAAGCGCUGCUUUGGCGAGUACAAGUGCCCCAAGUGCAAGAGAAAAUGGAUGAGCGGCAAUUCCUGGGCCAACAUGGGGCAGGAGUGCAUCAAGUGCCACAUCAACGUGUACCCACACAAGCAGAGACCCCUAGAGAAGCCAGACGGCCUGGAUGUGUCAGACCAGAGCAAGGAGCACCCACAGCACCUAUGCGAGAAGUGCAAGGUCCUGGGCUACUAUUGCCGCCGCGUGCAGUGACCACUGCCCACCUGCCCACUGGCCUGCCCACAGCCGUCCUCCUGCCAGCCCGAGAAGAUAGCCCCCUGCUGCGUGUACCUUGGGUCUGGGGGCUACUGAUCCUUGUCUUGUGUGUUGACAGUGUUGCUGACCUUGUGGCCCCAUGGAGGUGGGGAGAGGGCACCUCCGGGGCUCCAUUUGGGUGUGCGGGGGACAGGAGUCAGUGCCCAGUUUUGGGGGUUCCCUCCUCCCCAUAGACUUCUCUGAGAGCCCCUUUGGGGUAUCAGCCUUGCGUUGGCCACAAGUGCACUAAAUUUACUGUGAAAUCCCAGAAUCUUGCAGGUCACCCAGCCUUGCCUCCUUGCCCUAGCACUGUCAGCAAGCGCAAUGGACAGAAACCUGUUCCUGUUGUAGGUGCGGCUGCCACCAAGCAGUGGCUCCCUUUUGGCCCUGCCCACAGGAGGGCCCAGAUCACGCCCACCUCUGAUGUCACUGGCAGUGCACUGGUGAGCUGCACCCCCACCCCCCACAGACCCAGAGAGGCCAAGGUCAGGAGCACGGAGACCCUAGGUCCUGGGCUAUACCCCAUCUUGCCCUCUCCCCCUGCUCCUUCUGUCAGGCCCCUCCCCUCCCAUGGGACGCACAGGCCUUGAUGAAGGUGGUGAUCCCAGCCAGGAAGCCACCUGGACAGGGAGGACACUGACCUGGCUUGGUCAGCUUGGACCAGGGCUUCUGGACUUGGGACUUAGUUUUAGUGAGAGGCACUGGAGAGUCUGGAGGCCAGAGGAGUGUCAUCUCUCCAAGAAUAAAGAACUCCAUUUGGAGAGUGGCACCAGGGACAGGCAGGGAUUGGGGGGAGGAGACGAGGGGCCUGCACCCCUCCCCAUCACCCCCCUGAUCCCCCUGCUCCCCAACCGGCACUGCCCUGGAGCACCCUGCCUUGCCCUGGGUGCCAUUACCACCACUACUCACCUGGGCCUCCCCAGUCCCUGCAUGCACAGCCCAGAGGCAAGCUGCAGAACUUUGCAUUUGGAAAAAGGGGGCGAUGACUGCAGGCAGGACCCCCACCUCACCUCCCACCCGCAGCAAGAAGUGCCAUCUUCUGUCUCUUCCACGGGAGGGCUGGCAGGAACUGGCCAGCACGGCUGGGCCCCUUGACUUUGUCCCGACAUUGUGCCUCUAUGGGAAAGGGAAGAAAAAAAAAAAAAAGCAGACCACAAAACGGGCAUGAGAUUCAGUGUUUACCAAGGCCGAUGGACGCCUGCCUGGUACUCGGCGGCCUUUUGUUUUCAAAUGAAAAUGCUUUGUGCAGUAGAGGAGUUAGAGUGAAGCAUGUAAG